AAAAUGUUACCGCCAGCUCUGUUGUAACAUUUUUCGGCUGCCCUAUUUGGUCACACUGAAAUUUCUUGUAAACAAGAAGAAAAUAUUUAUUUAGCUUAGAAAAAACACGAAAUUUAGAAUAGCUUCAACAUGAAAUUCCGCUUCUGUGGCGAAGGCGAUUGUCCCGAUUGGGUUUUAGCUGAGAUCAUAUCCACGCUCUCCAACUUGAGCAUUGAAAACUUGGAACAACUCAGCGAUUUGGUGGCCCUUCGAAUUUGUGGGCAGCCAUUUGAGGAAUCCAAAAUAAAAUCGCUGACAUCCACUUUAACCAAUGAGGGCAAAACGGCUGUGGCCUGCAUUCAUUUUAUGCUGAUCAAUGCGGCUCGCUACAGUUGUACCGAAAGUAUUUUUGGAGAGGAGAUCCAGCAGUUGGGACUGCCAAAGGACCAUUCUGCGGCCAUGUGCAGAGUACUCCAAAGUCACUCCGCUGCUAUACGGCAAAACCUAAUAGAUAACGCUUUUAAAAUUAACGAACUGCAAAGCAUUCGUGACAUAUCCUCGCCUGAGCAUACUCCUCCGAAUUAUACCACCUUGGAACUAAAAAUCUCGCAAGAACUUGUUGAUGGCCUGCCAAAGGAUACUACUCAUAUUAUCAACGUAGAACGUGCUCAGAUGAAGUCUCUGCUGGCGGAGAUGAAAUUGGCGCGCGAGGUAAUGCGAAAGUACGAAGACAAGACAGAUUCCUAGAAAUAUAUAUAAUAUACAUACAAAUUUAAAAAACAUA